GUGAAGCUACAACUUACUUGGAAACCAUCAUAUGCGUCCUUUCCAACUUACCAUGUGAAUCCACUGUUUUCUCUAAAACACUCAUAUAUGCAUCCUUAACUUACCAUAUGAAGCUGCACUCUAAAUGGAAACUAUAAUAUGCAUCCUUUUCAACUUACCAUAUGACAUCAACUCAUGUGUCUUGGACUUUAAAUUAUUUACACAUUGGACUAGCACAAUACCACCUCAUUUGGCUCUCCUGAAGCCACUAUUUAUAGAGGUGGAUCCGGAAUUUUAAGUAUAUACUUGCUAGAUGCUAGAAAAUACAACUUAUCGCGUUUUGAAUAAAAUAUGUAUACUUAUUAAGUGGAUCUCUUAACACAAUAUUGAGUUUUGGCUAAAACUAUUAAAUUCUAUCAAACUCGUAACUAUAACUAUAGUUCCGCCCGUUACCAUCUUUUCCAGAAGCAUUUUAUUUCCGAAGCUAUUGUACACCCAUAAAUUCAAAAAAAAACUGUCAUCUCAAAUGUUGGUGAUUAAUUUUGGUCAUUUGCAUUAAUGCAUAAUUUGCCAAGGUGGUAACAGAUCUGUCUUCUUGACAAUUGGAGGCCAUUUUUGGUCAUAUUAUUAACACAUUCUUGCCAAUUUACCAUGGUCUUAAUUACAGUCUGUAUAGAUUUUCUUAAAUUUCUCUCUUUGUCAUACUUAAAUACUCAAUUCCAACAAGUCUCAUCACCACGGAUAAAAUGUUGGCCUAUAUUUUCUUGAUUCUUUUGGCACACCCCUUUUAUGUUAGCCCUGCAAAUACAACACCAAAUGGUAACAAAAGUAUAUUCAUUUUAGCAGGACAAAGCAACAUGUCUGGCAGAGGAGGAGUAGUAAACAACACUUUUGAUGGAUAUAUUCCACCUCAAUGUCAGUCCAAUUCAUCAAUUCUAAGACUAACAAAAGGACUUUCAUGGGAAGUAGCAAAAGAGCCAAUUCAUCAAGACAUUGAUUAUUAUGCAAUUUGUGGGAUUGGUCCUGGCAUGUCAUUUGCUAAUUCAAUCUUGAAAAAUGAUCCAAAAAUUGGUGUUAUUGGUUUGGUGCCAUGUGCUGUUGGGUCCACAAAUAUUAGCCAAUGGUCUAAAGGUUCAUUUUAUUAUAGUCAGAUGCUUAAUAGGACUCGGAUCGCAUUACAAGGUGGUGGGACGCUAAAAUCGCUUCUUUGGUAUCAAGGAGAGAGCGACACUCUGAAUGUUGAGGAUGCUAAAUUAUAUAAAUCAAGGUUACAGAAAUUCUUCAUUGACUUGCGAUAUGACUUGAAAGCACCUUUCCUACCUAUUAUUCAGGUGGCAUUGGCAACAGAACUUGGGCCUUAUAAGAAGAUAAUAAGACAGGCCCAAUUGGGAAUUCACCUUCGAAAUAUGAAAACAGUUGAUGCUAAUGGGCUCAAAGUAGGUCCAGAUUAUGUGCAUCUCAGUACACAAGCACAGGUCCAGCUUGGACAGAUGUUGGCUAAUGCAUUUUUGAAGUUUGCUUCAGAAAAGGAAUAGAAAUCACUAUAAUUUUAUUCAGGAGAUUAGAUUAUGAAUGUA